AUGCCUCUUAUCAUGAACGUCAAAGUUGCCAGGCUCAAUGGCUUGGCUUCACGAGCCUGCGAGCUUUGUCAUCGAAGGGAGGGCACUCUGCUUCGUUGCUCGGCCUGCCAGUCAAUCUACUACUGCGGACGGGACUGCCAAGCCAAAGACCGUGAAACUCACAAGACGCCAUGUAAGCUGAUCAAAAAGGCACGGCUUUUGUAUGAGGAUGAGGACCAUAAGUUACGCAACUCUCCAGAUGACCCAUUCCUACCUGAAAACAUCUUCGAGAACUUUGCUGGCCGUUUUUGGGGGAUUCUAGAGACUCGACCAUACAUGCGAGCGCGUUACCACCUUGUGGACACGAUUCUUCUGAGCUACGGCACCGCUGGCGGCCCAGUGGACUCGGUAAAAACCUCACUGGAUCAUCUCUUGGACAUGAUCAGGCUAUGUCGCGGUGAUAACUUGGGGGUGCGGCAGGUCGUCCCCGCGUUAUACAUUCGACUGGGUAGAGAUCAGGAUGCCUACGACUUCAUGAAGUGGUACGGAACCGCUGGAAAAAGUCGGCGUUAUGACUGGGGCAAUAUGGACUUGCCAUUCUUAGACGUCAGAGGUGCUGACGCAUUGGAACCGCCUACGCCUUGGUUGAGAGAGUGUCUUCUGGACUUUAGUCACACAGUCGCCGUGAUGUUAAUUAAGGUGCGAGUUCUGCUUGAUCCUCAAUCAAUCCACAACACCAGAAUCGCUCUUACCGGCGCUAUCCCACAAGAAGUCAUCGAGAUGAUCCGUGAGCAGCUCGUCGGCAGUAUUGUCGCAUCGCGCCAAAACAUCCUCCUAGGCACUACUGAGGAGACCACGCAGCUAGCCGAGGUGAUGAAGAAGCAAAUCAAGGACCUGUACACAGCCAUUCAAAAGUACAACCCGUAUUUUUGGAACUUGUUGAUCAACGACCCGGAUGCUGGUGUUCUGAGACGGCCGAACGGCGGGUAUACACACUGGUCAAAGGAGGAGGCUUUGUUGGUACUCGGGUUCAAUUAUGCUGCGUGGUAUGAGACGAUGGGAGCUAUGGACAUGCUUCGCAAGUUGAACAAGGCUGCUUAG